ACCGUGUUGCGCGCUCUGGGAACAGACUGUCCGCGAGCUUCUUAUGGGGACGGAAAGAGCGCGGUGAGAGAGUAUCUGUGUGUCGCUAAGCUAAUCAUCUCAUACCGCUUAGCUAGGUAGAUAUAAUUUAAUAUGUCUGAUAUCAACAUCAUGUCGGAGGAUACCGAGGAGACAAAAGUGACGGAAGAGGCCGAGGUCGACGAGAAAGAUGAAAAGGUGAUCAGUCCUGAAAGGGCAGAAGAGGCCAAAUUGAAGUCCAGGUAUCCAAGUCUAGCACAUAAACCCGGAGGUUCAGAUCUUCUCCGCAAGCGGCUGCAGAAGGGACAAAAGUACUUUGACUCUGGCGACUACAACAUGGCCAAAGCCAAGAUCAAGAACAAGCAGCUUCCAACAGCUGCUCCGGAGAAGACUGAGAUCACCACGGGAGACCACAUCCCCACGCCACAGGACCUGCCCCAGAGGAAACCAUCCCUGGUGGCCAGCAAACUGGCCGGCUGAGUUCAUCUUCAAAGCAAGAACCAAGGCCCUGCAUCAGCUCCCUGUACCUCUCCACACUCCUAUAAAACACCUACACAGGAACCUACACACACACACCCACACCCACUUAAAUACCCCCCCCCCCACACACACACACUUAUAUAUACACACACACACACACGCACGCUUCCCAUAAUACAACCAGUCCCUUGGCCUGACCCCGCCCAAAUGUAACCUUAGAGAUCAGAAAGCCAACUGGCUAACCCGAGACCCCUCCCAGCACUCCCACCUGCUGUUUGGGUCCUCCUGCCUUCCUCUCUCCCCUCUACUCUCCCUCCUCAUCCAAGCUGACGCACUUGUUUUCCUAUCCCUGUUUUCUCCCUUGAUCCACUGCCCGCAUGUAUAUGCUUCUGUGAAAGUCCUGCCAUCCUUAUGGUUGACGUGAUCAGAAUGAGAACCCAGUUUCUUUUUGUGUAGUCGGAGGGUUCCAGUAUAAAGACACCCCUCCAUUGUUUAUCAAAGUGUACAUAUUCCCCCUUUGGCACAAAGGAAGACAUCGGCUUUUAGUAACUUUUACAUUGGAGUUGUAUAAUUCACUGUAUGUCCUAAAUUAUGCUCCUAAUGUGCUUUAGUGACUCACUGCAAAUAUUAACCACCUCCACUGAUCGUGGCAAAGAUCACAUGCUUUUCUUUCCUUUCUUUCCUCUGUUCUAUAAUGGAGAACGUGGGUGUACGAGACAGACUACGUGUCAGAGGCCAUGGUGUUGUACCAAACUGCAUGUGGGUCAAAAGGGCUCCAUUAGAAUAAGACCUUCCAUUUCCAAGCUGAAACACUAGCGCUCUGAACAGAGGGACACGCGUAUAUGCCAACCGAAUCAGGGGCUGCAAGUGGCAUGAAGGAAGUACCUUCAGGUCUGUUUCAAUAUUCAACCUUGAAGAGGGUGUAAAGUCUGACCAUUUAACCCUGUUAACCGCUGUCUCUGCAACUCCCAUCUGUGUCCCUCGGGUUCCCUGUUGCUCUUCAAAAGAACAGAAUUUAAAAGGUAUUGUUCUACAGAAGGAAUUAAUCGCAGACUGGAGCACUUCUGUCCACCGUCCGGUCAAAAGUCAACAUCCAAACUGCAUCCCAAUGCCCGACCCAUAAACAUAGCAGGCUCAUGCUCGUGGUGGGCUGAGGACCCUGAACGCACAGUAGGCUGUAUGAAUGUAGAGCUAUUGUAGCUUAGCAGAGUCAAUAACUAAUGUGCUAAUCAAACGUUAUUAUUGCUGGUAUUUCUCGAUGCUCUAAAACCAAACGUGAAAUUUUGUGGCUUUUGAGGUGCGUGAGGGCUGCGGGGAGAAGGCCGCAGAGGAUGUGAACAUUGACACGUGUGUGCUGAUGGAUCACAUGGGUGUCGGUGGUCUAAAGGCUCUGCUGUCGGGACUAAUGAUGUUUGCUCUGCACAAUUUGGUCCUUGUGUGGUUCACCAUAUCAAACGCCGCUCAUUUGCAGAGCUCUCCCAGUCAUGGUAACAGAUCAGUGAUCAGAUCAAGAGAAUGCAUAACUUUAUAGAUCAAUGCUCCGAUAGCUGGGACCACCACACCGCUAGCCAGCAGAUUAACAUAAUGGGAGAGAGUGGCAGCAGUGGUUGAGAGAACGCAGGACCUCCAGACUGAUGAUAGGUUGACCGGCCCUCAGGGCCAGCUCUGGAGCUGUUGCUGAUUGUUUGCCCUCUUCGUCGGUCAGAGUUGUGGAGCACUGAAUCUGCCUGCGCUGUGCAUGUAAAGGCUGCCCGGCUGUCACGUUGUGCCAUUUUGUUUUGUAAAUAAAAUAGUUUUGCACAAAUGUGUCCAUUUA